UAUAAAAUGCUUUGACCGCUUGCGAUCGUCGGACAAAUGUUUUUUGCUCUUCGCAGUGGUUAUAUCAUGCUGGGAAUAGUGUUUUUAGCUUUGUUGGCUGUCAGUUCUGCGGAAUUGGGUUACCAGUACCAGCAGAACAGCUAUGGAGAAGGAGCUGUGAAUAGCUAUGGAAACGAAGUUCCCGCGGGUGAGGAAAGGUAUCCCGCGCAGGCUGGGAAUCACUACCAGGAAAAUGCGGAAUUCCACAAGCAUUUCUAUGCCUUCGAGGCUCCCUACGAUUCCGUGGAGGAAGCUGACUUAGUGGAGAACAAGCUGGCAUCGCUUUCGCAGAAAAACCUCCAGGUGGUGUUUAUUAAGGCUCCCGAAAACAAGGCAGUGGUGGGCGCCCUUAACGCCUUGGCCAAGCAAACCAGCGAGGAUAAGACGGCCAUUUACGUGCUCAACAAGCAGACGGAUGCCAACGAACUGGCAAGCGAAAUUGGCGCCUUGAAGGCGCACCACAAACACAAGCCGCAGGUUCAUUUUGUUAAAUACAGGACGGAGGCGGAAGCGGCUCAAGCUCAGCAGUACAUUCAGGCGCAGUACGGCGGAGGUCCUUCGGUGGCCCAACCUUCACAGGCAUCCUCCUUGGGCUACUAUCCGGAGCAGCGGCCGCAGUACGAGCAGGACACUCGUCCUGGCGAGUAUCCAGCUCCCCAAUCUACCUAUCUCCCCCCAGCUCAGCAAUCUUCAUAUCAGCCACAAUCUGGUUACUUGCCGCCCUUGCCCAGUUACUCCUCGAUUUCAGAGGGCUACAAUGCGGCUGGAGCUUCGGCUGGAGCCUCUUCCAUUGGCCAAAUCGAUCUGCCACCUGUUCCUGAGGCUCAACAGGAUCUGUCGGCCAGCUACAACAGUGCCAACGUGGACUUCCGAUCUGCCAGAUCGAGGCGCUAUGAUUUCCUGGCCAACGAACGACACAGGGGCAGUCGAAUGGUAUUUCCCACGGAAGUGCGAUCCUCAAAAUCGUACCUCACUUCGAAGCCAGGUAAACGCCUGAGGCUUUAG